AUGGAGGGCAUCAGUUCGACUGUUCAUUACUUCAGAAUCAUGUCUCGAGUCACUCUCUCCAUCCUCGUCGCUCUCUUCCUCAUCGGAUUCGUCGCCCAAGAAGCCGCGGCCCAGUAUUAUUAUGGAUAUCCGGCCUAUGGAUACGGUUACGGCUACCCUUACUACGGUUACUACGGCUACUACGGCAAACGAGAAGCCGGUUUCGGAGCUGAGGAGAAGAUCCAGGGUCCCCGACCCUCGUUCCAAUGA